AUGGACAACACCACACCUCCAGAAGCACCACGUCAAACGGAACAUUUAAAUAUCAAAGUAACCGACAACAACAACGAGGUUUUCUUCAAAAUUAAACGAACGACGCAAUUGAAGAAACUUAUGGAUGCUUUCUGCGAGCGGCAAGGCCGCCAGCUAUCAACUGUGCGAUUCCUCUUUGAUGGAACCAGGGUACGACCUGAAGACUCGCCGGACACUCUCGACAUGCAAGAUGGGGACACCUUAGAGGUGCACCAGGAACAAAUCGGCGGGUGA